UGACUCCUUGCUGCGCGCCAGACGUGUGCCAGGGGCGUCGCAAAGCCAGUCUGGUUCUCCAGACAACUGGUGUGUCCCUUUUAUACAGGGGGAAGGCUCAGAGUAGAGCCAUUUGCUAGUUAUCGCCAGGGCUGGCUGCAGACGCGCAAUGCCCGGUCUCCCUGGGUCUGUUUCCUGCUCUCUGGGCCAUCUGGAUCCCCACGACCUCGUUCCAGCCUGAGCCCUGCCACUUACUGGCAGAGGGAGCCUGGGCAACCGACUUGGCUUUCCUGUGCCUCAGUGUCCCCAUUUGCAAAAUGAGUGACGUGUCCUUAGAGGAUUGAUUUGGGGCACAGCUCCUCACCCUGCUAAUGGGGCUUCUGUGGCUGACACUGACGGGGGCAUGCUCGGGCUAGUAGGUACAACCGUGCAAAAGACUUAACAGAGGCUCAGAGAGGUGGACAGCUUGUCUGAGGCCACACAGUGAGUCACGGACAAAGGAUUUGAAUCCGGGAUGUCUGACGCCAGACUCUUAACAAGGCAGAUGUAUUUGCUCCUCCCCAAAUCAGGGUCAAACAUCAGUAGGAGCAGUUCUGAACCCCUUCCCACUUGCGCCCAUCAAGAUGUGGACAGACUGUUUCUGAGGCUGCUGGCUCCGGAUUUACUGGGAGCUCUGUUUCCAGGGUCGCAACGCCGUCCCCACCCUCGCUAGGACCCUGUCCUCCUUGAAGGAAGUUUGUCUUUCACAUGGCUGGUGCUGACCUUGAACUUCUAGAUCCAGGGGACAGCCGGCUCCAGUGCCCAGACCCAAGCCCCUCACUGCUCAAUGGACACCCCCAGCCCAGACCCGCUGCCUUCGCCUUUACCUGGAGAGGAAGAGACACCUCUGGCCUUAUCUCCUCCUGUCCCUCGGGGCCGCCGAGGCCGGCGUCCAGCGGGGGUCACCUCCUCUGGUCGGACGCUCAAGGCCUCCCUCCCUCGCAAGCGGGGUCGCCCGCCCAAGUCAGGGCAGGAGUUGCCACUGGCACAGGGCGUGACAGCCCCUGUCGGUGGUGGGGGCAGCGACCUCCUGUUGAUCGAUGAUCAGGGCGUGCCCUACACAGUCUCUGAGGGGUCAGCGGCAGGUGCGCCCCAGGCCUCGGGCCCCAGGAAGGCCCCGCACUUCUGCCCCGUGUGCCUACGGGCCUUCCCCUACCUCUCCGACCUGGAGCGCCACCGCAUCUCGCACUCAGAGCUGAAGCCGCACGAGUGCAAGGACUGCGGCAAGACCUUCAAGCGGUCCAGCCACCUGCGGAGGCACUAUAACAUCCACACCGGCCUGCGGCCCUUCCGCUGCCCGCUCUGCCCCCGCCGCUUCCGCGAGGCAGGCGAGCUGGCCCAUCACCAGCGCGUCCACUCCGGGGAGCGCCCGUACCAGUGUCCCGUCUGCCGGCUGCGCUUCACCGAGGCCAACACGCUCCGGCGUCAUGCCAAGCGCAAACACCCGGAGACCAUGGGGCUGUCUCUGUGUCCCCCAGACCCAGGGCCUGAGCCACCGUGGGACGACGAGGGCAUCCCGGCCACAGAAGGGGCAGCGGAGGAGGAGCCGGAGGAUAAGGAGCCCGCCUGACCCCCACCCCCGGCCACCUGUGCCCAGGCGGUGUUCGGGGCUGGGGCAAGGCCUGGGAGAGGGGGCCGGGACACCUUUGGCUCAGGUGGGCUUCCCGCUGUGGGAGGGGUUUGAGGGUGGGGACCUAAACUGGUACCUGCUGCCCUCUGCCACCAUCCCCCGGACUGACAGGCCCUUGGAGGCGGGGGCCGCGGAAAUAAAUCUCUGCCCACGUGG